CCCCCCCCCCCCCCCCCCCGGCGGCGCCCUUCCCCACUCCGUUGCUCUCUCUCCCGCCGGUAGCUGAAGAGAAACAAACAAGAAAACGUUGAUCGGUGAGAUCUCAGCCGCCAUUUCAUCGGCGGAAGAAUCUCUCCAGUGGUUUCUCUGUGAGUUUUCCAGCCGGUUCUCUUGUUGCUCUUCCUCUUCAUCCGUUCAUAAACUUCCUCUUCCCAAUUUGGCUCAAUUAUGGACGGUGAUUACUCGGCUGUGCCCAAGAACUCAUACUUGCGAUUCCGGAAAGCUUUUCGCAACCUGGAACUGCCCUCCUCCUCCUCCUUAUGAUGAUUGGGGUUUCUCCUGUUAAACGAAUUUGAAAGCAAUGCUCUCCGUCCAGAAGGUCUGGGCUCGUUUCGUGAAGCGGUACUCGGUGACACGACGGGGAUGCUACUGUUCCUCCAGCGGGAACAAGGGCAGUAAAACGGGGAGCGCUAAUGGCCAUUCUGAAGAUGGCGGCAAGAACAGCUCGAGCUUGAGCAGCUACAUUGAGACAUAUAAGAAGCUCGACAAUCUCGAUUUCCCGACUGCUGCUAAGAUUCUACUCGCUGAGCCACCCAAGAAGAAGAGAUUCGGGUUCGACUUCCAUCUCGUGCAGUUCUUCUUUGCCUGCAUGCCUUCACUGGCUGCAUACUUGGUGGCUCAAUAUGCUCGCUAUGAAAUGAGAAAAAUGGAAGCUGAACAGGAAGAGAAGAGGAAGCAACAAGAAGAAGAGGAGAAGGCGAAAGCUAUGGAACUGGAAGCUGCUGAACAAGAGAAAGAAGCCGGGGCCGAAAGAGAGAUUCAUGAAGUUAAAGAGAGAUUGGACAAGCUGGAACAAACCGUAAGAGAAGUAGUUGUUGAGGCAAAGAGAAAACCUUCUACCAGCUCCGAUGAAAAGGAGGACACUGCUGUCGGUAAAGAAAGUCAAGAAUCGCUUGGGUCCGGGGCCUCCAACAAAGGAUCACAAUCUGGAAUUUCUGCAGAGAAAACGCAUAUGAACAGGGAGGGGAUAAGUAGUUCAGAGCGAGUUCCAGCUUCUUCCAAAGAAGGAUAAAUGAGCAAGGAGAUCCCAAGUGGAAAGCCUCUCAGGAUUCCUGUUGAUGUAAGGAACUUCUUCUUCAACAAUGAGAUGUUUUUCGUUAAGAAUUCAGCUGAUAUGGUACACGUGUUUCACUCCAUUGAGUUCAAGAGCUGUCCCAUAUGCAAUUUAAAUCUUGCUGGGGAUUGUGUACACAAGUCUUCGCUUCAUGUUCUAUGGGCUGCACAAUUGAUUCUUCCCAUGCUAAACGAGAAUGCAGAUUAGCUGAUUCAUAUUAAACUAAUGUGAUUCGUUUCAGGAAUGGUUUUCCGAAUAUGUGCCUGCAUUAUUAUUAGAGUUUACUCCUUAGAGUGUCUAAAAGGCCAUUUUCAGUUCUCGUGCAUUGUCAUGCUCCAUGUUAGGGGUUUGCACAGGUAUACGGUAUAAUUGUAAGCAAUAAGAACCUACCCUAUUGUGGGAGAUUUUGUAUCUGAAAUGUGUUGACAUAAAGUACUGACAAAACUAUGUUCUGAUUCAUGUUCUAAUCUAUAAAAGCAGAGUGGGCAGUGAAUACUAA